AUGGCGCUCCCAGAUCACUCUCAUGGCCCUUCCUGCGACAGUUCCGCCAUGGGCAUGUAUCGAGCUUCGCCUGCCAGAUUGAUGUUGUAUGGAAAUGGCAAAACAAGUCAGCUCAAAGAUGUGAUCACACAGCUAGGAGGUACAAAGGCAUUUGUUGUUACAGGUCGAUCGCUAUAUGAGAAGACACCGGUCAUCAGAAACGUCGAAAAGCAGCUGGAUCACAUGCAUGGUGGAACAUUCUACAAGAUUGGGCAGCAUGCACCCAUCCGACUUAUCCGAGAGGCAACCGCGAUGAUGUCAAAGUCAGGUUGCGACAUUCUGGUUUCUGUAGGGGGCGGCUCUCCAAUUGACUCAGCGAAGGCUAUCGCCCAUAACAUUCACGAAGAAACGGGGAAAUGGAUCCCCAGUAUCGCUAUUCCAACUACACUCAGUGUCGCAGAGACAACGCAAAAUGCCGGAUUUACCACAGAUGAAGGUCACAAAAUAGCCGUCAGCGAUCCCGAACAGGUACCGAAAGCUGUCAUAUACGAUGGCGAGAACGCCAUUCACACACCAAUGAAUUUGUGGUUAAGCACAGGAAUGCGAGCUCUUGAUCAUGCUGUCGAGCUGAUGUACCAUCCACUCGCGUCCGAGAUACCAACGAAACGGCUAUGUCUUGAAGCGAUCAGAGAUCUAUUCACGUACCUUCCGCAAUCGAAAGCCAAUCCCAGCGAUGCCGAGAUUCGCACGAAGCUCUUCCUUGCAUGUUACGCCUCUCUUUUCCCAUUCCUGUUCAGCGGUGGCGUUGGUCUCAGUCAUAGCAUAGGCCAUGCGAUUGGAGCUACUUAUGCCAUUCCUCACGGUAUUACAAGCUGUCUGAGCCUUGCACCAGUUGUGCGUCUAAAGGCAAAGAACCCCGACGAAGCAAAGCAGAUUGCGCGUAUCAUCCCCUAUAUCAAUCAGCAGACCGCUGGCGACAACGUCAGAGACGCACAGAAUGUCGCAGAUGCAAUUGCCAACCUCGUGGACAAGCUUGACUUGACGACAACAUUAACAGCCUACAAUGUGCCGACUGGUGAAGAGGAAGAGGACGCUAUUGCAUCUCGGGCUCUGCAUGGUAAUAGAGAUCACCAGGACUUUGCGAAUGGAAGGAUACAAUUUUCUGAAAAUGGAAAACGUGCCCUUAUCCGCACCCUUGCCUUCUUCCGACUCGCUCUGCAGCCAAUUAUAUUAUUGUACCGGACCAUUUCCGAACGCUGUGCGGCUAAGUACUUAUCCACGCCAAGUGUGGAUAAUUUUCCGGCUUCCAGAGCUCCACUGGCGCCGGCACGGCAAAUUACGCGAUUCUUUUCUACUACAGCGGCACGGCCUGUGAUUAACAAGAUCUUUCCCUCCGCGUCAGAAGCAAUCAAGGACAUGAAGUCUGAUUCUACAUUACUGGUUGGCGGUUUCGGCUUCUCCGGCGUACCGAACACAUUAAUCAACGAACUUCGCGAUCGGUCAGAUGUGCAGAACCUCAGGGUAGUCAGCAAUAACGCUGGUAUGCCCGGCGUGGGUCUUGGUCAGCUCUUGGAGACCAAGCAAAUCGGCACUAUGGUCGCAAGUUACAUCGGUGACAACAAGGUUUUCGAGCAGAUGUAUCUCAAGGGCGAGCUCAGUUUGGAAUUGACGCCCCAGGGUACCAUCGCCGAAAAGUGCGCCGCUGGGGCCGCUGGAGUUCCCGCUUUCUAUACACCAGCAGCGUACGGCACAAUAGUACAAACCGGUGAGCUUCCCGUUCGCUACAACACCGACGGUACCAUCGCCAAGAUGGCUCCUCCUAAAGAAACUCGCGAGUUCAACGGCAAGUCCUACCUGCUCGAAGAAGCCAUCUUUGGCGACUAUGCCUUCGUCAAGGUCGCCAAAGCCGAUCGUCUCGGUAACUGCCAGUUUCGCAAGGCACAAAACAACUUCAACGAAGCCAUGGGCAAAAACGCAAAGAUCACCAUCGUCGAGGCUGAUGAGGUGGUUGAGGACGGAGAGAUCGCACCAGAGGAUAUCCACCUUCAGGGCAUUUACGUCAAGAGGGUUAUCAAGAGCACUGAGGGCAAGCAGAUCGAGCGUACAGUGUUCUACAAGAGCCCCGAAGAGCAGAAGAAGGCCAUCUCUGAGGGCAGCUCGGAGGCAAGCCAGAAGCGAGAACGCAUCAUCAAGCGCGCCGCGCAGGAACUCAAAGACGGCAUGUACGUCAACUUGGGUAUUGGAAUGCCUCUUGCUGCUCCCGCCUUCCUGCCAGAGGGGACUGAGAUAAUCCUUGAGUCGGAGAACGGUAUCUUGGGUAUGGGCCGCUACCCCAAGCCCGGUGAGGAGGACCCGGAUCUUAUCAAUGCCGGAAAGGAGACUGUUACGCUCAACAGUGGAGCAUCGACUUUUGGUAGCCACGAAAGCUUCGGUAUGAUCAGGGCUGGAAGGAUUGAUGUCGCUAUGCUGGGUGCUAUGCAGGUCAACCAGUUCGGAGAUCUUGCAAACUUCAUGCUUCCUGGAAAGGUCAAGGGCAUUGGUGGCGCCAUGGAUCUCGUCGCAAAUCCCACACAGACCAAAGUCAUCGUCACAAUGGAGCACGUCGAUAAGAAGGGCAACCCCAAGAUCCUCAACCAAUGCACAUUUCCUCUCACAGGACCCAAGUGUGUAUCGACGAUCAUCACAGACCUUGCUGUCUUUGAUGUUGAUCGCGUCGAAGGUCUGACAUUACGGGAACAUGCCAAGGGUGUCACUGUUGAAGAGAUCAAGGCAAAGACUGAGGCGCCCUUCAAGGUUGCUGAAGAUCUCAAGGAGAUGGAAAUCUAG